GUGUUUGUGUGUGUAUAUCCUCCGGGUGUGUCCAUUAAACUCCAAGAAUUUCCCGGUAGCAAAGUGUACAGUGUUACGGUUGUUUGGAGCUUCCAUUCAAGGACAUCAUGACGCAAGGAUAUGGUGCGAUUUCAGUCGGAGUGCUACUGCUGCUAGCAUUUGUCUGCCAGAGUGCGGUCGGUGAACCAGAUCCUGGACCGGCCGGUGCCGGCCCUACACCAACCAAGCUCGAUGACUACGUGCUCAACACCCAGUCGGAGUGCUACAAAUCGAAACGGUUGCUGUCCUGCUUCAAGUAUCGCUUCUCCCGGUACCUUUGGUCGUUCGCAACCGGGCGCAUGAAUUGGUUCGCUUCGGAGAAUCAAGCCGUGGAAAAUACUGGCGGUUUGAAGCUGGUACGGUUAAACGAACCGAAGGAAGACGACGUGUUCCCGGAGGCGCGACAAAUAAACCCGUACGAUAGCGAGUUGAUAAGAGGUGCCAAAUUUCUACAACGUUCCCUCAACACCUUCAUCGCUAGCCAUGGUGUGCAGGUCGGCAUGGGUGCGGAAAGUGGGGCCCGAUUUCUGGCGGACGAAGAUUUUGAAGCGCGCGGCAAGAAGCAGAAGCAGCGCAAAUGGAGUCUCAUCCUACCGUUGGCGGUAAUGUUGAAGCUGGUACAUCUGAAACUCCUCCUCAAGCCGAUCCUGCUCGGUGUGGGACUGAUACAGGUGCUGCUGAUUGCUGGCGGUUUGCUGCUAUUCCACUUCUUCCGCAAUACGAACAUUUGCAAGAUUCAACCGCACGUCAUACACGCACAUUCGCAUAUCUCGAGCGAAUCCAGUCCGGAACUGUCCUAUGCCGCGUAUGGAGCGUACCCGUCCUAUUCAGCCUCCCCGUACAAUGCGUACAGCAAGGAUUGGGCCAGCAACCGGGCGUACAGCGGCUACAGUUUCCUCGAUGCCAUUGAUAAUCAUAAAAUCUAGAACCUUUUUAAAUGGAUGGAUUCACGAAUCUGACGCAACUGAGCACAGUUACUAUAUUUCCUAGAAUUUGGGUUUUCCCCUUUUUAGCUACUCUAGUCUCACUUUCAUCUUUGUCUGACACUUCUGCACCUCACAGCAUGUCCACGUUUUUCUUGACCUCCUGUCAACUCUUGUCUAUUGCUUCAUUUUUCCUUCCUUAGUACGCACCCGAUCUGCUUCCUAUUCUUUCGUAUUUUUCUUGCACUUCUAUCUUAUAACUUUUUCUUUUCCCUUUCGUACAUUCACAUCACAGCUAGAAGAAAAAAAAAAGUUUGUGUAAGCUUGGUGUUUAUUUUCAUCAUCCCUCAAUCCUAUCCUUAUCCCACGACGGCUGCUCAUCGUCGAUUGUCUAUGUAGUAAUUUGAUGAUUAAUGUAUUUAUUUAUUGAUUUAAUUAUUUAUUGAAUUAUUUAUUUGUUUCGUUGGCGCGCGUGCAGCGAAUUUUGCUCGAGGGCAUCCCCCCCGAGAGGCACGAAUAUACUGUAGGAAAAAAGACACGGAACCGGACGAAAAGAACAGAGUUUGCGUCCAGCGUCCAUUGGAUGCGAUGAAUAAAUGUGUGUGAAAACAGUACCAAAAGUGGAUGGUCAUUUUUUUGUUGUUGUUCUCCUUUUCUCUCUGUUUACACUUUUGUGCUUCGUCUCUCGAUUCGCUCGCCUACAGUCCCAACCAAAGGGUCACUCCCAAGGGGUGGUUGCAAUAUGGCUGGGUUUUGUUGUUUUUUUUUGUUAUAUCGAUUUUUUAUCCGACACCUUAGCAAGCAAAACACUUAAUGGCGAGGGUCAUCCAGUUGGCUGACGAGGGCAUUAUUCAGCAUCCGUCAGCUCUUGUUAAGCGAAACUGGUUCGUCGGUAAGGUGUUACGUUGGAAAAUGGAGGAAAAAUGUUUCCAAUAGCGUUACAAACGUCGUGUUAAGCAAAACGCUUAAAUCAAGUUCGACAUGAAUAAAACAUGCACAGACAAAGAGUUAUGACAAUUGGUAAGAAAUAACCCCAAAAUUCAUGAAGUACGAAAAAAACACACUUCCUAUAGCUGCUUCAUAAUAAGUUCUUAUUAUUCAAACUGUGAUUGAAAUUAAUUUCGUUUGAAAAGGCUUUCAGUUAAGUAGAAUUGGUUGGAGAGCUUUUCCUCUUUCGCUGCCCCGCGAUUUUUGUGACCCUUGUCAAAUGAUUCUCCUAAUUGCGAACAAAGCAUUCCGAAGCUUAGGAUCUUCCUGUCUCUGUAUUGGCCCACUCAUCAAUAUGCCGUUGUUAGCUUUACAUGACAUUCGGGUACCAUUUCUGUACCGGAUCUUGUUUCUAGAAAACUGAGGACCAAUUACUGAGAGUUUCUGGAAGGUUAGAACAAUGCAAACCAUGUUUGCAAGUUAAGCUGUAGGAAAUAUUGAAAGACACAGCACAGCAUCAACGUCAAUAUAAAUCAUGUAGGAAGGGGUAGCUAAUGGAACCCUAUUUGGAAUAUUUAUUUUGAAAAUAUAUAACCCCUGAUAUACUCGUUGUUUGGGUAUAUUUAAAUGUUAUAAAAUACGAUACAUUUUUAUUUUAAUAAAAAAAUAAAUAAAUGCAAAACUAAUAAAAAUAGAAGUAAUACAAUUAAUGG